GCGAUUCACUGCCUGCAGCCAGAGCAGACACACACACAAACACAGGGCAGGAGAGGAGGACAGUGAAUUCUGAAGCAGGCUACAUGCAGUCAUGAGGAAGCCAAGGUUACUCCACUGGUGCACACUCAAUGUCCUAUGGAUGACUGUGGUGAUCCUUAUGGCUAUCGGAUUGGCAAUCCAAACACUGGGCAUCACGGAUAAAAAAAGGGUAACAUCUGAUCAGCUCGACCAGCCUCGGGUUUUGUCAAUGACCCCUCACAAUGAAGGAGUCCCGUGGAAGCCCUGUCAAUCCAAGACACACGUGAUGUUCCUAAAGACGCACAAGACUGCCAGCAGCACGAUCCUCAAUAUACUGUACCGGUUCGGGGAGGCAAGGAACUUAACAUUUGCACUCCCCAACUCUUACCAGUUUGGCUAUCCCUACCUCUUCAGCACAAGAAAGAUUAAGUAUUACAGUUCGAUUAAAAUGCAAGAGUAUCACAUAAUAUGCAACCAUAUGAGAUUCUUCCGCCCACAGGUUGAAAAGGUGAUGUCAAAGGGGACCUUUUACUUCUCGAUCUUACGAAACCCGGUGACCUUGGCCGAGUCGGCGUUCACCUAUUACAAGGGCUCGAGCACGGCGUUCAAGAAGGUGGAGUCACUGGAGCAGUUCCUGAGCGAGCCGUGGAAGUACUAUGCGGCCAGAGACCGUGGCAACCAGUACGCCAGGAACUUGAUGUGGUUCGACUUUGGGUUCGACCACAACGCCAACGACACGAAGGAUUACGUGGACCUGGUCCUCAAAGAGAUCGGCGGCACUUUCCACCUCAUCCUGCUGUCAGAGUACUUCGACGAGUCGAUGGUCCUGCUGAAGGACGCUCUGUGCUGGGAGUUUGACGACGUGGUCUCCUUCAAGCUAAACUUCCGCAGCAACGUCACGGUAAGGAAGCUGUCUGACGAGACAGUCGGGCGGGUCAAGGCGUGGAACUCGCUGGACUGGAAGCUCUACCUGCACUUCAACCGGACAUUCUGGCAGAGAGUGGAGGUAUAUGGCUGGCAGAGGAUGAGGAACGACGUGCUGGUCCUGCAAGAGAAGCGCAAGAGGCUGAUGGAUCUGUGCCUCCAGGGGAGCAGGCCAGUGGAGGCCAGUCAAAUCCAGGACAAGAACAUCAAACCCUUCCAGUACGGACGAGCCCAGAUCAUGGGCUACAACCUCAAUCCGAAUCUUGACAACAGCAGCAGGGAGAAGUGUUUACGGAUGGUCAUGCCCGAACUUCAGUACAAGGACCUGCUCGAUGCCAAGUUAUUCCCCUUCGUUUCCACGGCAAAAAGUCUACAGACGCCACAGCUCCAUUUUUGAACAGAUGUUGUGAAGGAACCAACCCUCCUUUGUCCGACAGAAACAUAUCGCCCGGUUAUUGUACGUUAUGUCAAAAUUUGGCUGCCAAAAUCUCCAAAAGCAACAUUCCUCACUGCCAGUUGGACAACAUUGGGUGUGAAGGUGGGGGCAGUGUCCCGUUUCAGUCAGAGCCAUUGUUAUAUCUAACAAUUUAUCCUUCAGGAAAGAGAUACGCUGUUGAUGUUUUCAUCCUGCGCUCAUUAUUCAUGGGAUGUGGGAGUCGCUGGGAAGGCCCAGCAUUUGUUGCUGAGCCCUAAUCGCCCUUGAAAUGACUGGCUAGCGAGGUCAUUUUCAGGGGGCGGUUAAGGGUCAGCCGCAUUGCUGUGGGUCUGGAGUCACAUGUAGUCCAGACAGGGUAAGGACGGCGGAUUUCCUUCCCUAAAGGGGCAUUAGUGAGCCAGAUGGGCUUUUACACCAUCGGCAAUGGUUUCGUGGUCACCAUUACUGAGGUUAGAUUUCAACUCCAGACUUGUUCACUGAUUCCAAAUUCCACCAGCUGCUGUGGUGGGAUUUGAACCCGUUUCCCAAGGGUAUUAGGCUGGGCUUCUGGAUUACUAGCUCAGUGACAUUGUCACCGCGCCCUCCCAUGCUCCCCUCACAAUCAAGACAGACGCAAGAAUGCCAAAUUUCAAAGGAAGCAACAAAUGACACUAGCAACCAAUUUAAGAUUAUGAGUUGGCCUUGCAACGUGUCUCAAUUACACUUGCUAGAAGCUACCUACACUCAUAGGCAGGGAUCUGUCCGCUGUAGUCAGGCAGCUCCUUGUUUUGAAUUUAAAAAAUGCAUGAGGGGCAAUAGCUCCCUGGUACAAUCUCCGUGACAACUCCUCGACCAAUCAGAGCCAAACAAUCAGCACCCCCUUUCCUCAAGCAGUAUAAAUUGUUGCUCACUUUUGAAAUUUGGCUUUCGUGUGUCUGUCCUGAUGGGUGCGAGCGAGCAAAAGCUUCAACAGCAUUUCUCUAUC